CAGUGUCGCUCUACUCGCCGGGAAGGCGGCGCCGGCGGCGGCUGCUCACGCUGUGCCCACUCCCGGGCGCUGCGCUCCCGUCGCGGGUGGAUCCUUAAACCCUAGCCGGUCGCGGCCCCUGCCGAGAGGUGUCCUCUGCAUCCCAUCUUCCCAGUGCGGGAUAGCCCCAGCUCGUGCGACCCUUCUUUGGGGGUGUUCCCACGCGCGGCUAUCAAGCAGAAGGCACACAACUUUGCCACCUUGAGGGUCGCCCUCGCUCAGCGCGAGCCCGCUUGCUCAGCUACACGCACAACUGGACACUCCGUGCUCCAGGCGGCGGAGCUGGUCCCCAGCCUGGAGCUCUGCGAGCAGAGGAGAGCUCUGGAGAAGUGGCGGAGAGCAGUGGCGGCUGCUGCCUCGACUUCCCUCGCAGCGCGCUGAAGAGGACCCUUGAAGCCUCUCCAGCCCCAGGCACUGGAUGACUGGCAGGAGGCACGCUCCCCGCAUCUGGGCUGGUGUGUGAAAAGUUGGCUUGGGUGCCCAUGUGACUGUGCCGUUCGGUGUGAUUCAUGACGGAAGGAACACAGCUCUCCCUUCUCUCUCCUCGGUACGUUUUACACAUGAGGAGAAGGUGAGCUUCGUAGAAGACACGUUCCCAGAGUCAGAGAUCCCUUGCCCACCAUGAAGGGAGCCUGCAUCCUUGCAUGGCUGUUCUCAAGCCUGGGAUUGUGGAGAUUUGCUUACCCUGAGACCCAGGAUCCAACCCAGUGCCAGAGGGCUGAGCAUCCUGUCGUAUCCUACAAAGAAAUUGGCCCCUGGUUACGGGAGUUCAGAGCAGAGAAUGCUGUGGAUUUCUCGCGGUUAACAUUUGACCCGGGACAGAAAGAACUCAUCGUAGGAGCAAGAAACUAUCUCUUCAGAUUACAGCUUGAGGAUCUGUCUCUCAUCCAGGCUGUGGAGUGGGAGUGUGAUGAAGCUACCAAGAAGGCCUGUUACAGCAAGGGCAAAUCGAAGGAGGAAUGUCAGAACUAUAUCAGAGUGCUCUUAGUGGGCGGGGACCGGCUAUUCACCUGCGGGACCAAUGCUUUCACACCUGUCUGUACCAUCCGCUCGUUAAGUAACCUGACUGAGAUCCAUGAUCAGAUCAGUGGCAUGGCCCGCUGUCCCUACAGCCCCCAGCACAAUUCUACAGCUCUGCUCACAGCAAGUGGGGAGCUCUAUGCUGCCACGGCCAUGGACUUCCCAGGGCGAGAUCCAGCCAUUUACCGAAGUCUGGGCACUUUACCUCCUCUUCGAACUGCACAGUACAACUCCAAAUGGCUGAACGAGCCAAACUUUGUGUCUUCCUAUGACAUUGGCAAUUUCACCUACUUCUUCUUCCGAGAAAAUGCUGUGGAGCACGACUGUGGGAAGACUGUGUUCUCCAGGGCUGCCCGGGUCUGCAAGAACGACAUUGGGGGGCGAUUUCUCCUGGAAGACACCUGGACCACCUUCAUGAAGGCUCGCCUCAACUGCUCCCGGCCCGGUGAGGUGCCCUUCUACUACAAUGAGCUGCAGGGCACCUUCUUCCUACCAGAGCUGGACCUGAUCUAUGGCAUCUUCACCACCAACGUGAACAGCAUUGCGGCCUCUGCUGUGUGUGUCUUCAACCUGAGUGCUAUCUCACAGGCCUUCAAUGGACCUUUCAAGUACCAAGAGAACUCUCGCUCAGCCUGGCUGCCUUAUCCCAAUCCCAACCCCAAUUUUCAGUGUGGCACCGUGGACCAGGGCCUGUAUGUAAACCUGACAGAAAGAAACCUACAGGACGCUCAGAAGUUCAUUCUGAUGCAUGAGGUGGUACAGCCAGUGACCACGGUGCCCUCCUUCAUGGAGGACAACAGCCGCUUCUCCCAUGUGGCCGUCGACGUGGUGCAGGGCAGGGACACACUCGUCCACAUCAUCUAUCUGGCCACAGAUUAUGGCACCAUUAAGAAAGUGCGGGCUCCCCUGAGUCAGACCUCGGGCAGCUGUUUGCUGGAAGAAAUUGAGCUUUUCCCAGAGAGGAGGAGGGAGCCCAUCAGGAGCCUGCAGAUCCUCCAUAGCCAGAGUGUCCUGUUCGUGGGGCUGCAGGAGCAUGUGGCCAAGAUCCCCCUGAAGAGGUGCCACUUCCACCAGACACGCAGUGCCUGCAUUGGCGCCCAGGACCCUUACUGUGGCUGGGAUGUGGUAAUGAAGAAGUGUACAAGCCUGGAGGAGAGUCUGAGCAUGACACAGUGGGAGCAGAGCAUCUCCACCUGUCCGACCAGAAAUCUCACUGUGGAUGGGAGCUUUGGCCCUUGGUCUCCUUGGACACCCUGUACACACACGGAUGGCCCUGCUGUGGGAUCCUGCCUCUGCCGGUCCCGCUCCUGUGACAGCCCAGCUCCACAGUGUGGUGGAUGGCAGUGCGAGGGACCCAGAAUGGAGAUCGCCAACUGUUCCAGGAAUGGAGGCUGGACUCCCUGGACCUCCUGGUCGCCCUGCAGUACCACCUGUGGCAUUGGCUUCCAGGUGCGGCAACGCUCCUGCAGCAACCCCACCCCCAGGCAUGGAGGCCGUGUGUGUGUGGGUCAAAACCGGGAGGAAAGAUACUGCAAUGAGCAUUUGCUCUGCCCACCACACGUGUUCUGGACAGGCUGGGGACCAUGGGAACGGUGCACGGCCCAGUGCGGGGGUGGCAUUCAAGCCCGCCGUAGGACCUGUGAAAAUGGGCCUGACUGUGCAGGAUGUAAUGUGGAGUACCAGCCUUGUAACACCAAUGCAUGCCCAGAGUUGAAGAAGACCACACCGUGGACCCCAUGGACACCUGUCAACAUCUCGGACAAUGGUGGUCACUAUGAGCAGCGGUUCAGAUACACCUGUAAAGCUCGCCUACCAGACCCAAACUUGCUGGAAGUGGGGAGGCAGAGGAUUGAGAUGCGGUACUGUUCUAGUGAUGGGACCAGCGGCUGCUCCACGGAUGGACUUUCUGCAGACUUUCUACGAGCAGGCAGAUACUCUGCCCAUACCGUCAACGGGGCAUGGUCAGCCUGGACUUCCUGGUCACAGUGCAGCCGAGACUGCAGCAGGGGCAUUCGGAACCGGAAGCGUGUUUGCAACAACCCAGAACCCAAGUAUGGGGGCAUGCCAUGCCUUGGCCCAUCCCUGGAGUUCCAGGAAUGCAACAUUUUACCUUGCCCAGUGGAUGGCAUGUGGUCUUGUUGGUCAUCCUGGUCAAAAUGCUCAGCAACCUGCGGGGGCGGACACUACAUGAGGACCCGCUCGUGUACGAAUCCAGCCCCAGCCUAUGGAGGAGACAUCUGCCUGGGACUGCACACGGAGGAGGCAGUCUGCAACACACAGACCUGUCCAGAGAGUUGGUCAGAGUGGUCCGAUUGGUCCGUGUGUGAUGCCUCUGGCAUCCAGGUCCGUGCCCGGCAGUGUAUUCUUCUGUUUCCUGUGGGCAGCCAGUGUUCCGGAAAUACCACAGAGAGUCGGCCAUGUGUCUUUGACUCUAAUUUCAUCCCAGAAGUGUCUGUAGCAAGAUCCAGCAGCGUAGAAGAGAAAAGAUGUGGAGAGUUCAACAUGUUCCACAUGAUGGCCGUGGGGCUCAGCAGUUCCAUCCUCGGCUGCCUCCUUACCCUGCUUGUCUACACCUACUGCCAGCGGUACCAGCAGCAGUCCCAUGAUGCAACUGUCAUCCACCCUGUCUCUCCUGCCGCUCUCAACAGCAGCAUAACUAACCACAUCAACAAACUGGACAAAUAUGACUCAGUGGAGGCCAUCAAGGCAUUUAACAAAAACAACUUGAUCCUAGAGGAGAGAAACAAAUACUUCAACCCACAUCUCACUGGGAAGACCUAUUCCAACGCCUACUUUACAGAUCUCAACAAUUAUGAUGAAUACUAGCCGCUCUUCUAUUUCUGGUUCCUUAUAAGCUCUCUGCUCCUCGAAGCCGUGCUCCAUGACUACCCCUAUUUCUGAGGCUUCGAAGAUGAUGUGUGGAUUCAUUGCAAGUGCAUUUCAAGCCAGGACUUUCCCAUUGCUACAAAAACAAAACCAUACACCCAUAAACACCUAAAUGUGGUGUUGUGACAAUCUGGUCUGUAGCAAACAUUUGAUUGUUGCUCAGUGAGCCAUGGUGUGAAGUUUUGUAUUGUGUCCAACAAAAACUCUAACUGGUCUAUUGUUUCAUGAGUUUUAUUUCAUAAAUGUGCCAACCACGUUAGAUAGGUGUCUUCAGAAACAUUACAUCUUUUGAGUGUAGAGCUUCAUGAUGUUUUAAUUUAAAAAACAAAGAAGCAAAACCAGGCACUUUAUCUGAGAGAUCCCUUUCCCCCACAGGUCUAUAGUAAUUCAAAGAAUGAAGAUAUGACUAUGACCAACUCCCCAAACGCUGUUCUUGGACAGAGCUUGUUUGCACUUGGGGUGAUUCCUUCCCACCUGCCCUGGACCUGUAGUCAUGGUCCACCAAGGCCCUUUACUGUGCCCUGGGAUAGUGAUUGUCAUCAUCGUGUGGUGAACACAUGAAACAGAGAACAGACAGUGAGACACACAGCAGUGUUCUGCAGCUUGCAGUGAAACUAGCCUUACUCUGACUUUCGGACUCCAUGGCAUUCCGGGGAGCUCCUUGCCAUGCUGUGGGCCUGAAGGCCACCUGCCUGGGCAGUGGGAAUAUGCUGAAGAGCCAAUCUUAGCAUUUGGGUAGACUCCACAUCCCUCUGUCCCUCCCUGGAGAGAAUAUUCUUGGACAUUAUGAUGCCAGUUGUGGAAAACAAUGAAAGUACCAAAUUGUAACUGAAAGCUACUCUUUUUUAUUUUUUAUUUUUUGUGUUACGCAGUGUUGAAUGAACUAAUGUUUAAUGACACGCAUUGUUUGUAUUUAGCAUCUUUGAUGUGUCUAAUGUACAUCAAUGGGCCCCUAUCAAGAGCAUUAAAGGAGUGUAAAGCUGUUCCUCUAGAGCUCAGCACAGUCACACUGGAGUGACACUGCAGUUACCAUGGUCCCCUUGUUUGUCCCCUGCUGCUCCCAGGCCAGAGGAGGGAGAGGCUCUGGUGUCUUUACCUCAGUGCUGCCUUCCUGUUCACCCAGCCUAGCCGGACCCACUUCUGCACCUGAGGCAGUAGCUGUCAAGAGGUACCUUGAGAGGUAGCAGGUUAGAAGGUCAGGGCUCUAGUGAACCCUCUGCGCUCACUCGUGAUGGAAUGUUGUGAGGCCAUUCCUUGGUCUUCAGAGGAGUAAAGAAGAUCCAUUAACAGCUGAUAUAUGGGUACCGAUUUAAUGCUUUUUAAAAGCAAAGACAAAAUGGUUUGUCUGUGCCACGAGACACUAUGAUAAAGGCCUGAGUAGGCCUUCAUACGUGUUCUUAUAAGUAAAUAAACUUUCAUGCCUAUGCAAAUGUAUAGCACCGGGGUAAAGAUUACAGGGUCUUAUGAGUGUGUUUUCCCCUAUCAAAUAUAAAAUCUCAGAAAAUGUUCCCCCUGAAAAUCCCAUGACUAAUCACGAAUUAUUCUCAUCUAAACACAUUUUUCAGACAUAACUCUGUGUUAAAACUGAAAUUAAAGCAGCAGAUGGGCUCUGGGAGAUGUGUCAGAUUGUGAAGAAAUGGCAUAUGGGAAUAUCCCAGUGGGACAUCGUGUGGCAUUUCACACACUUCUUCCACAGUGUACAUGGCCUCCGUUGCACACACAUUUGAAAACUCCACACUCAACAAAUAGAUGUGUCAGAUGAUUUAUUCCUUGUCUCUGGGGCAGAUUUUCAUUGAAUGCCUCAACUCAUCUCAUUACUUUCUCUUAAGAAAAGAAUAAAUCCUCCUGGUGUAGCACUAAAUUUUCUUGUUUUUAAAAAUAAGCUUCCCUUCUUGAGUAUUUCUCUAACUUGGAAGACCAUUUUCUUUCUGCUGGGAAGGAGGGUGCAAAUGUUUCAAGAAGUUGUUGCUAAACUUGAUAAUGCUUUCUGAAUGGCCUCCAGUCUGGUCUGUAUCAGUUUGAUAUUGUAACCCCAAGUCAGAAUUCUCGUGUUUGAAACAAGACAAUAUUUUGACAUUACUAUUGCCUUUUUAAAGCUUCAUUUUUUACUUCCUUGUUCUCUUCAAAUUUCCAUCCCCAACCACCAGGCAUUUGCUCUUAUUUAGCUAGACAAUUGGAACAAUUGCUUAGGAAUGCCACAGCUAUAUUCUGGUUUUCACCUCCAGUGAUGUGACUUCUUUUCUGAAGGUGCAUUGUUGCUACUCCUGGUACAGUGCAUGCCAUAUUAUAUUCCAGGCCUCUUGUUAGCACACACACACACACACACACACACACACACACACACACACACACACACACACACGAUAUGCAGAGAACCUGCCACCCUCUUUGUGACCCCCUUUUCAGAGUAGAUCUGCUCUACCUGGGGACUCUUUGUCUGUGGUUAGACUGCAACCUGUGGGUUAUGUUUUAAAUUCCAGACUGGCAAUUUCAUUUCCUUCCCUCCUCCCUGCUUCAUUCCUCCCUCUAACCCUUAUUGCCUUCCUUUAUUCCUUCAUUCUUCCUUGCUUCCUUUUGCCCUUUAAUACAAGAAACACAUGAAGGAAUUCAUAUUUUUAAGCUACAUCUGGCUGAACCUGUUGUCAAAUGACAUUAAUCAGCUUAUUUUCUAGAGAUUGGGUUCACGCUUGGCUGGUUUUCAUUAGGAAACUGGCUUCAGUUGUAUGCUUGCAUACUUUGGGAGUUGGUCCUGAUGUUUUUUAGAGUUCUCUCUCUGAUUAGACCAUCGUCAAUCCUGCUAUGUGCUGACAUUCUGCAGAAUCUUUGCCCACUGCACAUACUGAGACAUUUCCAAAUACCCUGGGGACUUUCUUGGAACUGGGGCCUCUGUUGCCACUGACUGAACUAUUUGAGUUCUAAGGAACUCUGGGACAUUGGGUGAGACUAAGCUACACACACACACACAAGCUUUUGUCGUCAUAGUUCAAGGCUUUUUCUUCAAAACUUCCCAAUGCAAGCAAGGCAUCUUUAUGUCUCUGCCCCUUAAAACUUACUGGUGGUAUCCAAGCAUCCCUGGUCCUCUUGGAUACAUCAACACACAUGUUAAAGAAGAUUCUACCGAGAAUUGACGUUGACCUUUCGGUAAAGGAAUUGAAGAUAAGCCAUAAUUAGUAAAUAUUUGUGAGGGCAUAUGCCAUUGAGAUGCCUCUGUCACUAGGAAGGGUCAAUUAACAUAGUUAGGUGUGAAUGCUGUUGACUCACAGGCGAUACUGAAGAAAAGACAAACAGUUGUGGUAUGUGAGAUGAAAAGGUGAGGGUUAUAUUACUCUCUACUGAAUACACUUCAUAGGCCCUGAACAGGAUCUGGCCCACAACCAACUACUAUGAUCCUGACAUCUGGACUCUUCUAUAAUCAUAUUUUCUGGGUGCAUGAGUCUUAGUCAAGGGUUAUCUACAAAGGGAUGAAAAUGACCCAGUUUGACACAGCUGUCAGCAAAUGUUCCACAGGAAUCUUGCCUUCAAUACUGUGGACAAUUUUUCAUCAAAGAGGAUUUCGCCUAAGGGAUACGUUAUUGUAUGAUUGGAUAGCCCAAGAGAUGUUACUAUAAAGAUGCAUCAGGUUUGCAUUUGCUCAUUUCGUCUAAAUACAGCCUACUGGUAUAUGAAUAUGUGUAUAUACUCACGUUUCUUUGCUGAAUUUUCUUGCUUUUAGAAUAAGCCACAAAUAAUUCCCAAUAGGUCAAGCCAAAUUCCUUAUCAAUUUUUCCACAGGGUCAUCAACUUUUUUAACCUUGAUGUAACCUAAACUCUCCAGUGAGUCCUUCAUGUCUUAAGUCACAUUUUGGAGUCCACUAAGUUCAGCACUACUGUCUCAAAAGACAAUUUGGGAUCCCCAACCAGAAAUUCCAGAUACCAUUUACCAAUGGGUGAUAUAGUGAACUCUGUCAGCAUCAGCUCAAACUCCUUUUCAAGUGACAGGCUAUGUCUGAGUCUUGAGGCCCAUGGAGGUUUCAAAACAGUAAACAUAGAUCAACUCCUUUGCAAACUCUGCUGUUUUACUGGAGCCUAAAGAUGGUAUUGAACAUGCCCAGCUCACCCAUUCAUUCCUGUACCUUCACUACUUCAUGGAGCAUCUAGAACCUUAUGUUGACACAUCAUUGUCAAUCUCUCAAAACCUGUUAUUAGCCAUGGGUAUUUGAUAUUAUCUACUAUCAAACACUAGGACAUCCUGAGUGCUCUGCUUUUUUGAGAAAUGCAUGUGAGAUGGGAAAACCUAAGUUAAUGUUCUUGCUGACCUAAGAGACAUACCAUAGGGAAUACUGUGUGAGAGAUUAAUGCCCAGAGCCCAGAAAUCAUUUGUCUCUCCAGCUUAUCUUUUCAGCUGUUAUCAUUAAUUUAAAUGAUGUAAGGAGAUUCCACAGCUCUAUAAAUACUAAGCUGAGGCCUUCAGGUUGUGUCUAUGAAUAAUCCCAUGAAAGGAAGGAAAUGUGUUAUUUUCCAGUUUGUUGCAGUUCCCUUUGGGAAACUGAAACCCAGUGGAUAAUACAUAGUUUGAAACCAUUGACAGAAGUUGCAAAAGUCACACUUCCUUGUGAAUGUAUAUUGAAGUUGCAUUCACAUUGUAAUGUUACAUUAUCAGAAUUUUGAUGCAUGUUACUGAAGCAUCAUUGAUGGAAACAAGUCUCCUAAAACAGAAUGUGCAAAGAAUGUGCAGUCUCCCAAGCACCAAUCUGGAGCCUGGCACAAAUAGUAUAGUUCAUAAUGAGAUCCCAGCCACAAAACAUGAUCUUCUGCCAUUUAAACUUAUUUUCCAUGACCAGACCUUAUAUCAGCUCUGCCCCCAAGCAGACAUGCUUCACUGAGAAAAAUUGACUAAACUAAUCAAGGAUACUCUUGGAUCAGAAAGAGAAAGUCAGAGAUGGAAAUCACUAAAAUGUAAGCUGGGCAGGAAAAUCUCCAUCCCUUCAUAAUCAGUCAAGAACCUAAGACUGAUAGGCCAAACAUAAUCCUUAUCUUUCCCAGCUUUUUGGUAAUUUAAUACCAGAUGGUUCCAAUGUUAGAUAAAUGCAAGCAAAAAGCUAAGCCUGGGCUGUGAUAAGCAGAAACUGUUCUUCCAUCACGACAUUAAAGGAGGUCUGUUAUCUGCAGGAGGUGAUUGACUUUCCUUACAAAGUUGCCAGUGCCUUUUGUAAGCUCUGCACUGUUGUUUCUCCUGGUUAUUGAUCGUUCCAAUCAGAAGCUGAGGGUUUGUUGUAUACACUUUGAGGAAAACUACUUGUGUGUGUCUUUGAACUUAGGAACAGAAAAUGAGAGAGAAAUGUUUCAUGUUCCGGUGUGGUUUUGCUCUCCGAACAGGAACAAGGGUGUGUCCCGAUGAGGGGACCCUAUUCCAGUCUGCAAAAACAAACAAACAAACAAACAAACAUUGCUUUAAUUUUUAAAUCUUCAUGGAAACAUGCUAGAUCCUGUCCUUUGAUAAGAAAGUCCACUUGGUGUGUGUAGAAGUCAAGGUUUGUUUCUGUUGCCCUUCGGGAGGGUAACAGGUACAAGGGAAACAGAUGCAGGUUACCAACAGUGACACAGAAUGUGGAAUGAGAACCAACCAGAAUGUCCUGUGGGUUGUUUUGUCUUAUUUUGCAACUCCAGUAUCUGAACUGCUUGAUAAAUUAAUAAAAUUGAUACCUUCUACUUGGUUUAAAAUGUUAUCAGUGUCUUCUAUGUUAAAGCCAACCACUCAUCUCUUACACCAUCACUGUGGACUAACAUCCAGCUUCAAGGUCUGCUGCUUCAAAAGAUGCGCGGUGAAAGCCUCCAACCACCGACUCACCAGAAUGCUCACCUCAUCUGUCUGUAAGACACACCGGUUUGUCCCAGUGUAAGAUUCUGCAAAACAUAGGACCAAACGUGUGCUACCCCAUUUGGUUCGAUUUUAUACCUGCUAUGCCUCCUUGUCUGUUUCGUGAUACAAAAUAAACUGUUUGGGAUUGUUUCAUUUCCCAUUCAUUUAAAUUUCUCCUAGGCCAACUUCAGCCUUUGGUAAACUUGCAGACUGUUACCAAUCUUAAAAUUUAAACUUCAAAGGUAAUAUGUAUUAGCUACUACAGAGCCAUUUCAAGAGUGAAGUAGCUCUGCAUUCCUCGGUCAGUUCCCUAACAGAAAGCAGCCACUUGGGUAUGUGUGGGAAUGCACCUGGGUUAUUUUCUGCCUCAGACAUUGGGCAGUCCAUGCUAUUCGGUCUUUAUGUCUGGCUGUCAGUUUUUCUCCUGAACGCUCAGUAGAGUAUGCAUUGGUAGUUUUCUGUGAUCAUCAUCAUUUUGUUUCACUCGUUAAUGCACUGGUUUUAUGUUCUUCCUUGCCUCAAAUUGUUGCUUAUGAUACCUGGCAGAUAUCUUGUUUUCAGAAAUCAGUUUAAGACCCUAAUUGUGUCAACCCAGGCAGGAAACGCAUUCUGUCUAUCACUGAACCAAUUAUGGAAGUUCCGAAAAGAGGCAGGCAGGGGCACUUCCCAAACAAUUAGCCAAAACCAACUCACACCUGUCUAACCAAACAUAUUAAUGAGGUGAAACUUGCACUUAUUAUAAAAGUGAAAAUGUCAUCUUGUAUGACUGCCCUAGGCGCAUUCCCAGCAUCUAUGUCUCCACUUUCUUCAUCUCUUUUAACAAUGAAGUCGUGAAAUGGUCCUACAUAUUGCCAAGAGCACAACACUGCUCCCUUCCUAGAACCUCCUCCCAAUCCCACUCUGCCAACAUUUUGUGGAAACUAAGAGAGUCGUAAUUAUGUACAGAUAAAUUGUAUUAUAUUUUUUGUACUUAAUGUUUUGUGUAAAUAGUUUGCUUCAUUCAGUUGUAUGUGAGUAUUGAAAUAAACUCUGCCAUUUAGGAAACAA